AUGGAAAUUAAAAUCAAUGACGAUUCAUCUCGAACUACACUGACGCCCUCGUUUGUUUUAAGAACUUUCCGCCCAGGGGACCUGGGAUAUAUUGUGCAUCGAAAUGGAGUUUAUUACGACGAACAGUAUCAAUGGGGCACUCGUUUUGAAGCUGUUGUAGCGCGAAUUGUCGCCGAUUUUGUCGACACUUAUGACCCAAGCAAGGAGCGCUGCUGGAUAGCAGAACGCAAAGGUGACGGAGCAUUCUUGGGCAGUAUAAUGCUAGUCAAGGAUCGAGAGUCGGUUGAUCCUUCGAAAAUCGCCAAACUGCGCCUGUUAUUUGUCGAGCCAGAGGCGAGGGGUAUGGGACUAGGGGCAGCGCUGGUCAGGCAGUGUACGUGUUUUGCGCGAGAGACAGGUUAUUCACGAAUCGGACUAUGGACGCAGGGCAUACUGCUUGCUGCAAGAAGGCUUUAUGCGAGGGAAGGUUACAAGCUGGUACGAUUAGAGGAACACCAGGCAUUUGACAUUCCAAUGACGGGUGAACACUGGGAGUUGACGUUAUAA